UACUUAGUCUCAGUGUAAAUAUAUGGAUUUGGAUAAGUAUGAAUGAUAUUAAUUAUAAAAUUGAAAAUCUUGUUCAAAAGCAAAAACUUGAUUACGAAUUUUAUAGAAAGGUUGAAUUAAAUGAAAAUGAUAAUGAUUUAUUUAUAAGGAGGUAUUUAUCUAAUAAUCAAAAUGGGGAUAAUAUUUUUGAUGUGGAUAAUUUUGAUAAAAUUUUAGAUUCCAUUUCUAAAU